UUUUGCGCCACCUCCAAAGUUACAGUCUGCUGGAACCAUGGCAACUUGUACAGAGACUCUCCCCGUUGUCACCGUUGCCCCCAUGGCCACCCCGGCGCCCACCACCAUGGGCCGCCAGCUGCUGGGUGGCGCCACAAACCCUGCGGAGGAGGAGCGCUGGAGGCUGCAGGAACGGAUGCCGCCCUCGGUGUCCUUGAAUCUCAUCUAUCUCCUCCUCAUCCUGUUGGUUCUAAAUGUGGAGAUCGUGGUUCCCACCGCCGAUCAGUACGCCAAGCGCCUGGGAGCCUCCGAGAGCUUUAGCGGAUUGGUCAUCGCCCUCACACCUUUCUUCCAGGGCAUCAUCGGGGUGCCUCUGAACUAUGUCAUGUUGAGUCGAAACGUCUCAAUGAAGAGCAUUAUCAUCAUCAUGGUGGCGGGCUCGGUGGUGGGCAACGUGCUCUACGCCCUGGCGGGUCUGAUGCACUCGAAGGUCGCCAUCCUGGCAUCACGAACGAUGAUCGGUAUUUGCCAGUGCCAAUUGGCUGGGCCGAUCUACAUUGCCAGGGCGGUUGGCGUCAAGAAACGCACCAAGGUGAUGUUCCUCUACUCCACUAUGUCAGCAGUGGCAUUCUUCGGCGCUCCCUUGAUCGCCUCCUUGCUCGAAAUCUUCGUGAAGGAGUUGCGAAUCGAAGACUUGGUACUCGAUUCUGAUACCAUCCCUGGUUGGUUUAUGGCUGCAUUGUACUUCGUUUACAUGCUGCUGAUUGUCUUUUUGUUCGAGGACCCGGUGGAUGCACCGCAAUCUCCUGCAAGCGCUGCCAGCGCUAGCGACGCCGCCGGGGAGAAGCCGACGGAGUCGCUGUGGCGACCGGGCUUCUUGAUCUGCCUUGUGGCGUCCUUCGUCAGCCCUAUGACCACCACCAUGUGCAUCGUUUUCUUCGUGAAGCUGGCAGAGAAGGUCUGGGAUUUGAGUGUGAGCGCCACGGGUCUUUGGCUGGCCGGCGCUAUGGUUGUCGUGGCUGUGAUGAGUUUCCUCAGCAGUUUCGUGACGCCCUACGUGGAAGAUCGUCGGGGGUUGUUGUUCAGCUCCUUGCUCGCCUGUAUCAGUGCAACACUGACGUUCCAUUUGGGACACGAGUGGACGACAGCCUCUAUCACCAUCUUCGUGGUUGGCUUUCUGCUGAUGCAAUCCUGUUCAGGGGUGGUGAAGAACUACGGCUACGCGCUGGCACCGAAGAUUGUGGCGCCACACCUCAAGGAUGCUGCAGGCACGGUGAACAUGAUCGUUUUGCAGCUGGGUCGGGGCACCGGAGCACAGCUUGGCGCGGUGAUGAACGCCACUUCUUUUGCGGCCUCCCAGGUAGGCUCCUAUAUGCUCUUGGCUAUCUUGGUUUCGAUCUUCAGCAACCAGCUGAAAACCCACGCCAAGGCUUUGUGAGGGCGUAGAAUUCGACCGCUGUGAUCUAGCAGCCCCUGGGAUGUGAAAUGUCCAGACCGGGUGACA